AAUUCUCCACUUCCCAACCAGUGCAAUGCGAUGUCGUCUAGGCAAAGCACUGGCCUUAGCAGAUGCGACACCCACAGCUUCUGCAUUCCCCCAAUCUCUGAUUUCAAUCAAUAAUAAAUUCUGAAGAGUGUCUUCGCCUAUGGAUCAACUGAAUCCCGACUCGCUCUUUCAGUCCAUUCCGAGCUCGAGCAAUUUCCAGCCUUCGCCUGAUGCUCGCGGGACCUCUACUCGUCCCCAUCAGGAUUGCAGGAUGGAAGGAGAAGCAAAGGAUUCAGUUACUGCAAGGAAAGUUCAAAAAGCUGACCGUGAGAAAUUGAGGAGGGAUCGUCUGAAUGAGCAAUUUAUGGAGUUGGGAAACGCCCUUGAUCCAGAUAGGCCUAAAAACGACAAAGCUUCCAUUCUCACUGAUACAAUUCAAAUGCUGAAGGAUUUGACUUCUCAAGUUGACAGAUUAAAAUCUGAGUAUGCAGCGCUCACUGAAGAAUCUCGUGAGCUGACUCAGGAGAAGAAUGAUCUCAGAGAAGAAAAGGCAUCUCUUAAAUCUGAUAUUGAGAACCUUAACGCGCAGUACCAACAGAGAUUGAGGGCCAUGUAUCCGUGGUCUGGGAUGGAUCAUUCUGUUGUCAUGCAUCCAUCUUCUUAUCCCUUUCCAAUGCCAGUCCCUAUUCCAACUGGACCAAUCCCCUUGCAUCCAUCCUUGCAGCCAUACCCGUUCUAUGCGAACCAAAAUCCAGCAGUUGUUCCUAAUCCAUGUUCUACUUAUGUUCCUUAUAUGAUCCAUAAUACCAUGAUCGAACAACAAUCCACACAGCAUGUAUCUCAAGUCAUGCAGCAAGGUACCAGGUCUCAUGUUUCAAGCAAACAAGAUCAUAGAAACAGAUCAUCAGAUGGGGAGAGUAGAAUAGAGAAAAGCGAUGAUUCAAAUGACAUUACAACUGAUCUAGAGCUUAAAACACCUGGAUCGACAUCCGAACAGGACUCCUCGUCAAAGCAAAGAAAAUCGAAAAAAAUUGUCAGGAAGGAAACCAGCAUUACAGAUGGAAGUUCUUCUAGCGGAUGUUCCUCAACUCAUAGUGUGCAGGCUAUCUCAUCUAACAGUGUCGCCGGUGGCAAAAAAACAGACGACUGACAAAGGAAAGGGAAGUAUACUACUAUAUCAUUGGAGGAUUCUGUACACAGGAUAAUUUUCCCUCUUAUCUUUGAUCAUUAUAUUGCUCUACGUGUUAUGUUUGAUGCUGAUUUCAUGGAAAGAUCAUACAUCAGCAAAUGUUCCAUGUCAAAAUUAACCCAAUUUCUUCACGUAUGCCACUUUAACUUGCUCCGUAGCUGAACCUUUUGCUUGGAGAUUCCUCAUUGUGAGUGAUCUAGGCAGAAAAUGUGAAAAAUACUUGGUUUCUUGUAAUAUAUAUGUAUUUGAUACCUAUUUCAGCACAUGAAAACGAUCUGUCGUCUUUUUGUUA